AUGUUCGUUAACGUAACGGAUUCCAGACAUAUCAAUAGUAUCGACUUUUUAUCCAGAUUUAUGGACCUCCUUUCAAGCAUUCAAGCAUUACAGGAGAAAGAAAAUAAUGUUAAAAAUUUCUAUAAUAAGAAAAUCCUUACAUUCAUUCUUAGCUUAGGAUACUAUUUUCGCUCCGUAACAAAAACAGCACCAACUAUAAUGUCUCUAACAGAUCUACCUUAUGCUAUCGACGCAGAAUCAUCGUUAACUAUCGAAGAAUUGAGUGUGCUUCGUAGACAAUUUGAAAAAGAAGUAAGGGAAGACGACGUUACAACACAAACAAAAUUCAAUUACGCAUGGGGACUGAUCAAAAGCAGAAGGAAAAAUGAACAACAGUUAGGAGUUAGGCUGCUUGCAGAAAUAUUUAGGGAAUCACCUGAACGUCGUCGCGAGUGUCUAUAUUAUCUUGCCUUGGGUCACUUUAAAUUAGGAGAAUACACACAUGCCAGGGACUAUAAUGAUCAACUUCUCCAAAGGGAACCCAAUAAUUUACAAGCUCAGAAUUUAAAAAAACUCAUAGAAGAUAAACUUAACAGAGAGGGGUUGGUGGGCGCUAUGAUCAUGUCGGGAGUUGUUGGAGCUAUUGCAAUUGGCGGUUUAUACAUCGCAUCAUUAUUCAAAGAUAAGAGAAGAUAA